AUGGAGACGGCCUACGCCAAGAUCGCGGGCGUCGCAGCCGCGCCGGCGCUCCGCGUCUCCGAGGCCAAGGCGCCGGACGAGGUCAUGGAGGUUGCGCCGUUCACUUCUGUAGCUGGCGACGAGGCCAUCUACACCAACGCGGGCGGUCCGAUCUGGGCCAUGGACUGGCUCGUGGAAGGUGUCGGGCCCGCGUACUUGGCGCUGGGCGUGCACCCGACGAACGCAGACGGUAGCGUCUCGGACCACACGUACGACCAAAAGUAUAGCGGCGAGAACGUCAUCCAGGUGUGGAGCAUGCCCAAGCAGCAUCCCGAGACGAUGGCAUGGACGGUCGGGUUGCGCCAUGACGGCGGCUUUGCCUGGGACGUGCAGUGGAACAAGCACCGCGAGCACCUCCCGAGCGAGUGGCAGUCGGGCGUCGGGCUCCUCGCGGCUGCGCUCGCCGACGGGCGCAUCGUACUCUACCACGUGCCAAAGAACACGACCGAACCGAUCUUGGACCUGGCGCCGUUCUGCAGCACAACACGAGACCAUAGCGUGACGCUGGCGCUGCGCUGGAGCCUCGUGAACCCGUUCCAGUUUCUCAGCGGCGCCUGCGACGGCUCGAUCCAGCUGUGGAGCAUUGCUGACGCGCCGACGCUGACACCGCUUCGCCGCUUUGACGCAGUCGACACGGUGUGCAAGCUGCCCAGCCUUGGGUGGGGCGCGGGCUGGGUCGCGGUCCGCGACAUUGCGUGGUGUCCAUACGACCCAUAUAUCUUUGCGACCGUCGGCAACGACUCGAUGCUGCGGAUCUGGGACGUCCGCGAGCCGCGCGCGUGCAUUCGCGCGCACCGCCUGCAAGGGCUGACAUGGGCGCUCUCGGUACAGUGGUCGUCCAACUGCUUGCUCCAAGUCUCGGGCGACCAAGGCUGCGUGCUCUCCUUCCAUCUCUACUCGGGCACGUCCACCGCGGUCACGUGGCACCCGCAGGUCGACAGUCCCGUGUGGCAACUCGGCUACUCGGAGGAGCUGAACGAGCGCACCAUCAUUGCAUCCUGCUGCGCGGCCGGCACGGUUCGCUAUAUCCUGGGCUUGGCCCCCCACGUGAAGCGCAAGCGCGUGCCCUCGGUGCAGCUCGCGCAAUGGACGCGCCCGAGCGACGGCCAUAUCCAUGUCGACUUCGCGCAGCGGCUUGCGCCCGAGCCCAACAUGAGCACCAAGGAAAAACGAACGUUCCCGCAUCGCGACGUGGCCAUCCACCGCCUCGCCUUUGGCCCGAUCGCGUCGCACUGGCAGCACUCGCUGGUCUUUGGCGGCCACCGCGGGCUGCUCGUGUUGCGGCAGUAUCCGCCGGAUGCCUUUGGCAAGCCGAGCGCGUUCCGGCUUCACAAGCCCGUGCUCGGCCGGCCCCGGAAGCACCCGGCGACCGAGCGCAAGAAGACGGGGGUGCGCGGCCGUCCGCGCAAAGCCACGAAAGCGGUCGUCGACGAUGACGACGACGAUGCAAGCAAGGCGACCGUGUCGGAGGGAAGCGAGGACGAAGCGGCGUCGGGCACGAGCCAAAGUGAGCUGGACACGAGCGACAUUGCCGACGACGACGACUCGGACGAGGAUGCGGGCAAAUCGAAAAAGGCGGGCAAAGCGCCCGUCGUGUCGGUGCCCAAGCGCGUGCUCGGGCGCCCGCGCAAGAAGGUCGUCAAGCCCCCAGCAGACGCUGACGACGACGAUGGGGACGACGAGCAAAUCGCACCUGUCGUGGCGGCUGCCAAGCCGACCAAGGCGGCGAAGAAGGCAAAACCCACCAAGUCCAAAGCCAUCGCGUCCGAGUCUGCUGUCGUGUUGAAGCCACCGACGAUCCUCGCCAAGAAGCCGAGAGGCCGGCCCCGCAAGGUGGUGUCCGCGGCGACGGCAACGACGGCAGUGGCGACAACGACGACACCCAAGGGCAAAGGCAAGAGGCCGGCCGUACGCAAGCCCGACGCUGAGACACCGCCGAUCAAGACGGAGCGGCAGCGGUCGCUCCUGGACUUUUUCGAGACGCCAACGAAACCGGCUGCAGCGGCGGCCGGCGCACCAGACUCUGUCGUCGUUCACAAGAAGCGCGGUCGACCGCGCAAGAUCGUCAUGCCCGAGCCAGCGCCACCUGCGACGGCUGCCGACAAGAAUGUAGCUACCGCACCCGCCGACGAGGGUGUAGGUGCAGCAGCCACCAACGAGGGUGUAGGUGCAGCAGCCACCGGCGUCGCAGUGGCGGAGACAACGCACUCGUUCUUGAUGCUACAGCCAUCGGACGCCGCGAUGCCCAAGCGUCGUGGCCGCCCACCCAAGCACGACGUGACCGAGCCCGUCGUCAAGCUUCCCCGCGGACGUCCGCGCAAGAACCCGAUCGAAGACGAGAUGCCCAAGCGCCCUCGCGGACGACCGCCGAAGCGCCCCGCACCGGUGCUGACGGGAAAGGACGACGGCGCGUCGACAGACACUGCGACGCCGGCGCCGUCGCCCACCCAAGCAUCGGCUGCCACCGAGGCACCGACGCAACCGUCGACUGUCGUAGCAACCGAGCCGCGCACCAAGAAACCGCCCGCUGCCAAGAAGCCACCGAUGCGUCGCCCAGAUGACGACGAGACGCCGAUCAAGCAAGAGCCGAUGACACGACGAAGCCGCAUGCGCGGCGAUGACGCGCCGGACCUCGAGGCCCCCGUGGCGUGGGUCAAGGGCAGCGUCGUGCACGUGUUGCCGCGGACGUGGGCCGGCAUGAACAAGCUCGGUGGCACGGGUCGUAUCACGAGCCUCAACGACGAUGGCUCGGUGAACGUCAAGUACGUCCUUGGCGGCCAAGACAAGAACGUACGGAAGGAGUUCAUCACGUCCACCGCCGCCGCCGCCGCGCCACCGGACGAUGCCAACAAGCGGCGGCGCCUCGACUAA